CUUAUGCCGAAAUUUAGAACCCUCUAGAACAUUCUGCUUUCAAGGACUGUUCGAAGUUCUUGUUUGUAGUCCGUAUCUUUUGUUCUUCCCAACUGCGUGUAGUACUUCGCGUUUCUUAAUUUUUAACAUCAAUCUCAAUUUAUUUUAAAAAUGGUCAAGGAAACCACUUACUAUGACAUAUUAGGCGUCAAGCCUAAUUGUACAACUGAUGAACUAAAGAAGGCCUAUAGGAAAUUAGCCCUUAAAUACCAUCCGGAUAAAAACCCAAAUGAAGGAGAAAAGUUUAAAAUGAUCUCACAAGCCUAUGAAGUGUUAUCCACACCAGAGAAAAGACAGAUUUACGAUGAAGGUGGUGAACAAGCCCUGAAGGAAGGUGGCAUCAACAUGAACAACUUUUCUUCUCCGAUGGAUAUAUUUGAUAUGUUUUUUGGUGGUCUCGGUGGUGGUAGGGGCGGAGGCCGACGGCGCGAACGUAGAGGGAAAAAUGUUGUUCACCCUCUGCUUGUCACACUCGAUGAACUGUAUAAUGGCAGCGUUAGAAAACAAAAAAUUCAGAAGAAUAUCAUCUGUGAUAGAUGUGAAGGACGAGGAGGAAAGAAAGGAGCAUCUCAAACUUGCCAAGAUUGUGGUGGUUCUGGUCUACAAGUACAAGUUCAACAAUUCGCUGCCGGUGUAAUUCAUCAAAUACAAACAGUUUGUCGUGAGUGUAAAGGGGAGGGCGAAUGCAUCAAGCCGCAGGAUAGGUGUAAGAAGUGUAACGGCAAAAAGACUAUUCAUGAAGAAAAAAUUAUCGAAGUACAAAUUGACAAAGGCAUGGCUGAUGGGCAAAAAAUCGUCUUUAGCGGAGAAGGCAAUCAAGAACCUGGUUUAGAACCCGGAGAUAUCAUGUUCGUUUUAGAAGAAAAAGAACAUUCAUUAUUCAAGAGAUCUGGUUCCGAUCUUGUUAUGUUGAUGAAUUUAGAAUUGGUAGAAGCCCUUUGUGGAUUCCAGAAAGUAAUUCAUACUCUCGAUAACAGAGACCUAGUCAUUACAGCCAUUCCAGGUGAAGUCACUCGUCAUAAAGAUUUGAAGUGCGUAAUGGGAGAAGGAAUGCCCACCUACAAGAAUCCAUUUGAAAAAGGUCGAUUAAUUAUCCAGUUUACAGUCAGUUUUCCAACAAAAAUUAAUCCUGAAAUCAUUCCACAACUUGAAGCCUGCUUACCACCUAGGGUCGAGCAAAUCGUUCCAGACAACGCUGAAGAAGUAGAAAUGAUCGAAGUAGACUCAGAAGAGGAAUCUCGACGACGAGAGAGGGCUCACCAGUACGAGGAAAUGGGAGCCCCAGGUUCUAAUAGGGUCCAAUGCGCCACGCAAUAACAACCUCGUUUCCUGCGUCUUUAUAUUUACUUCAGUGUAAUCUUGAAAAUGCUUCUUUCUUAGUUUGAGUACCCUCCAUUUUCUAAAUAAUUGUCAAGCCACUGCUCCUCCAAUAGGUAUUACUGGUUUUCAUUGCAUUUAUCUAACUAAUAAAGAAUUUUUUGACCAUGCAGUAAAUAAAACUUAGAUGUAUUUCGUAUAUAUGUAAUGUGUUAAUUUGUUAUUUUUCUUUUCCUUUUUUAUUUUCUUUUUUAUUUUUUUUUUUUUACUGGCACUACUAUCUUAGCUGUUCUAGAGUCUUGAUUCUAGUUUGACAAAUUUGGUGUAUUUCAAACAAAAUAUAUACAUAUUGACUUAUUUUUACCAUAAAAUUUAUAACUUUUAGGGUAGAAUGUUAUUGAAUAUAUUUAAUUUUUUUUUCUACCUUUAGUCUUUUCCUGUUCCUUUUUUUAGAAAGUUAAUUUAUAUGUACGAUUUAAUCUGUGAUCUUUUUCUUUUGUGUGUUGAAAAAUAAAAUAAAUAGUACUAAGCCGAUAUUAGAGUUAUUAUUACUUCUUUUGUUAACAGAACGAUAAACUGGAAUUUUUAAUUUUUAUUGUCAUCAUAUAUUUGUACAUUUUUUUCAUUAUGAUUAAUUGAGGUGUAAAUCAUUUCUUUAAAAAUUAAUUACUAACAAUAUUCCAUUGGCCAAACUCAUUAAUUUUCAUUGUUCAUCUAUUGUAUUUCUAAUUCAUAUCAAAUAAGUUUUACUUGUCGAAAUUGUAAAAAUGGAAUAUAUUUUAUUUCAGCUAUAAUAAAAUUUUCAUUCUUGAUAUCAGUUAUUAAUUUUGCUGUAUACAUAUUUAUUUUUUUAGUUAUGUUUUGGAACUAUAGAUUGUUAGUAAUAAAACGUUUAAG